AUGCUCCCGCAAUGCAACGGUCCCGUUUGGGCCAUCGAUGACCUUUCCAAAUGCUUCCAGCGCAAUAUCUUGCAAAUCACGCUUCCGCUCGCGGCCUGCGCUAUCUCGUUGCUUGUGAUUAUCGCCCGCCUCGCCCACCGCUUCGUGACUGAACGCAAAGGCGUCGCUUACAAGGUCCUUGCAAACGACGGGCCCGAGAAUGACCUUCCUAAUGGCCUCGAAAGCGAGUCCGAUCCUAUACUCCUGCAGGCUGUGCAGAGCGAACAAUCACAGUUCGAGGUCGAUCGCCCGCGUGCAGAACUCACCAUUGUCGCUAUCGAAAUCGCCUCGCUGAUCGGCCUGGUCGCGCUUCACGUUGUCGGCUUGACCACCGACGGCUGGGGCCGUCAUGGGGCCGUUCCCGCGACGGCUGGGUUGAUCUCAUGGGGCUACAUAUUGUUCUUGGUAUUGGUUCGGCUUUUGCUGUCCACCAUGGAUAUUUUCACGGCUCCAAGGCUCUGGACCCAUACCGCCCUGUUGUAUAGUGCCCAAUGGCUGUUCAACAUCAUGGUAUUCCGAUCUGCCAUCAUUCACCCAACUUCACAUCACGCCAUGACCCUCAGCAGCAUUCAAUUCGCCCUGAGCACAUUGCUUCUUUUGAUUGCUCUGACUACCCGUCGAGGCAACAAGCCGGUCUUAGUCGAGCACGAGGAGGGAUUGGAGCCCCCGCGACACCCCAUGGCCAGUCUUCUGUCUCUUGCGACUUUCUCUUGGCUCGAUCCGUUGGUCCUGAAAGGCUACCGACAGCCUCUGGAGCUGAAGGACGUCUGGAACUUGACCCCGUCUCAAAAGGCUGCCACUGUGCUGACGGACUUCCGUAAAAGGCAAAUGAAGGGUUCAUUGGCCUGGAAAUUGAUUCGAUUCUUCGCCUCGACCAUUUUGAUCCAAGGUCUCUGGACCAUUUUCGCUAAUCUGUUCGUCUUUGUUCCGAGUAUGCUACUCAAGGCCAUCCUUGAAUACGUCGAGGACCCCCCGUUCGACGACUCCCAAUGCGGCCUGGUUGCCCUGUUUAUUGGGCGGAAGAUGGGUGUCAAAAUUCGUGCCAUCAUCAUUGGGGAAAUCUACGCCAAGGCGCUUCGACGUAAAGCCGGUGCGUCUGUGGAGGCCACUCGCAAGGCUGUCGGGGAGCCCGCUGCGUCACAGGACCCAAAGCAGAAGAAAAGGAAAUUCUUUUCUUUCGGUCGCAAGAAGAAGGACAACAAUAAUAAUGAUACCGAGUCUGGCAAAAAGCCCGAGUCUGAUUUGGAGGAUGCCAACGUGCAGGCCAAUGUCGGGACCAUCAUUAACCUGAUGGCCAUCGAUUCGUUCAAGGUCAGCGAGGUUGGCGCCUACCUUCACUUCUUGUGGGCUAGUGUUCCCGUGCAAAUCAUCAUGGCCAUCACACUCCUCUAUAAAAUCAUGGGUUUCAGCUCUUUCGCUGGCAUCGCGUUGAUGGUGUUCAUGUUGCCCAUCAACCUCUUCAUCGCCCGGCAGUUCAACAAGGUCCAGAAUGCGAUCCUUAAAGGUACCGACGCCCGUAUUCAUGCGACCAACGAGGUUCUCCAAAACAUCCGCAUCAUCAAGUACUUUGCCUGGGAGCAACGGUUCCAGGACAUUGUCAACGAGAAGCGCAAGGCCGAGCUCAAAUCCCUGCGCCGUCGCUACAUUCUUUGGUCUUCCGCCGCUACCGUCUGGUACGGAACACCGAUAUUGAUCACAUUCUUGUCUUUCUUCUUAUACACUGUCGUUGAGAAAAAGCAAUUGACCCCUUCAAUCGCUUUCCCUGCUCUGUCAAUGUUCUCGCUCUUGCGUGUGCCCUUGGAUCAGCUCGCAGACAUGGUUGCUCACGUCCAGGAAUCAAAGGUCUCCCUUGAUCGUGUGGAUAAGUACCUGAACGAGGAGGAGACCGGAAAGUAUGAUCAACUGCGUGAUAGCAGUGUCUCCGAUGGACCGGCCAAGAUCGCUCUGGAGAAGGCUACCUUGUCCUGGAGCACUUCCGGUCCUCGGCUGCAGCCCUCUUCUUCUUCCGAUGAUGGUGCUGAUGCCUUCCGUUUGAUCAAUCUCGAUGUCAACUUCCCUGUUGGUCGUCUCAGCAUUAUUGCUGGUCCCACUGGCUCCGGAAAGACAUCUCUUCUGAUGGCCCUGCUCGGUGAAAUGAAACUGAUCGAAGGCCGUGUCCAUCUCCCUGGGGGCAUGACGAGCCGAGCAGAUCUCCCCGUUGACCCUGCAACUGGUCUAGUUGAUAGUGUUGCGUACUGUGCUCAGGAGGCCUGGUUGGUCAACGCCACCGUCAAGGAGAACAUCAUUUUCGCAUCCCCUCUUGACGAGAAACGUUACCGCGCCGUCCUCAAGGCAUGUGCUCUGGAACGCGAUAUCGAAAUCCUCGAUGCUGGCGACCAGACACUGGUUGGAGAAAAGGGUAUCAGUCUGUCUGGCGGCCAAAAGCAAAGAAUUUCGCUCGCCCGUGCUAUCUACAGCAGUGCUCGCCAUCUGCUUUUGGAUGACUGUCUUUCUGCCGUCGACUCUCAUACAGCCAAGCACCUCUUCCGUCAAGCUCUUACUGGCCCUCUGAUGUUGAACCGUUCUUGCGUUCUAGUGACACACAAUGUCGCUCUCGCUGUUCCCCAGGCUGAUCACGUUGUUGUCCUUGAAAAUGGAAAGGUCGCUGCUCAAGGUCGCCCAGACGAUGUCGCCGCUACUGGUGCCCUUGGGGACGAAUUCUUGAAGUCCCGUCCUGGCUCUCGCGCCAGCUCUCGUGGACUUUCACGUGCGCCUUCGGUUCGCGAAGAGGACAACGCGGAAGAGCCCACCAAUGGAAAUACAAACAAAAUUAACGGAAAGAAGGAGGAGAAGACAGAGCUGUCUGAGGGCAAGGCCACUGGCAGCAUCAAAUGGUCAACUGUGAUCAUGUAUCUGCGCUCCAUGGGCUCCGGAUACUACUGGGUCCUGGCCAUUUCGAUUUUCUGCAUGCAACAGCUUGGUUCGGUGUCGACUAACAUCUGGAUUCGCCAGUGGGCCAACGCAUACCACACUGCUAGUGUCAAUCAGCAGGAUAUGGGUAGCUAUGCCGCUGCAGCUCAUCUCAAGCCUCCCACUUUCAAUGUUGGCAGCGUUUCCAAGGUGAGCACCUGGGUUCCUCAGCAACUCAGCUCUCGCUUCUCAAGCACUGCCGCAGAUGGCAAGGUCAAUGUGGGAUACUACCUCGGUGUGUAUGCUCUCCUCGGCUUCCUGUACAUCUCAAUUUCUCUGAGUCGAGAGGCUGUGUUGUUCUGGGGCUCGCUACACGCAUCAUGGAAGAUACACGAUCGUCUGCUCAAGGCAGUCAUGCAUGCCAAGUUCCGAUUCUUCGACUCCACGCCCCUUGGUCAGCUUAUGAACCGAUUCUCUAAGGAUAUUGAGUCUGUCGACCAGGAAGUUGCUCCCGUUGCCAUUGGCAUGCUUCACAGCUUGGCUUCCGUGAUUAUGAUUGUCAUUCUCAUUUCUGUUAUCACUCCUGGGUUCUUGAUUGCGGGUGUGUUCAUCACUCUCGUGUACACUGCGCUUGGUGCCGUCUACCUGAAUUCUUCUCGUGAUCUCAAGCGUCUGGAGUCUGUGCAACGUAGCCCGUUGUACCAGCAGUUCGGUGAAACUCUCAAUGGUAUCGUGACUAUCCGUGCCUAUGGUGAUGGACCUCGCUUCAUGGUCGAUAAUCACCGCCGCAUCAACGCUUACAACCGGCCCCACAUUUAUCUCUGGGCUAGUAACCGCUGGCUUGCUCUGCGUGUCGACUGGACUGGAGCUUUGGUGUCCUUCUUCUCCGCGACCUUCGUCCUCCUCAAUAUUGGCAAGAUUGACGCCGGUGCAGCUGGUUUAUCUCUGACGUACGCCGUGACUUUCACGGAGAACGUGCUUUGGCUUGUCCGCCUUUACUCUGAGGUUCAGCAGAACAUGAACUCCGUCGAGCGAGUGCGUGAGUAUUUGGAGGUUGAGCAAGAGGCUGCUUCCGUCAUCGAGGAGAACCGCCCUACGACUGAGUGGCCCAGUGAAGGUGCUGUUGAGUUCAAGGGUUACACUACCCGCUACCGUCCGGACCUCGAUCCUGUGCUCAAGGAAAUUUCUUUCUCUGUGAAGCCCGGUGAAAAGGUCGGUAUCGUUGGUCGUACCGGUGCGGGUAAGAGUUCAUUGGCUUUGGCCUUGUUCCGUGGCCUGGAGGCCGAAAAGGGCCAGAUCAUGAUCGACGGCGUCGACAUUGGCGCAAUUGGAUUGCGGGAUCUGCGCGAAGCAAUCACCAUUGUGCCUCAAGAUCCCACUCUGUUCACGGGUACUAUCCGCAGCAAUCUCGACCCCUUCGGUCUGUUCAGCGACGCCGAGAUCUUCACCGCCAUUCGCCGUGUCCAUUUGAUCGGCUCUGGCAUUUCUGGCGCCACCACACCCGCAACCUCGAGCACAUUCACCGCCGUCGAGGGCAACGGCAUGAAUGGUAGCACCCUCACCGUCGCCGACAACAAGAACAUUUUCCACAACCUAGACAGCCUGGUCUCCGAGUCCGGCUCCAACCUUUCACAGGGCCAGCGCCAGCUCCUCUGUCUCGCCCGCGCCCUCCUCAAGAAACCUCGCGUCCUCAUGAUGGACGAAGCCACCGCUUCGAUCGAUUAUGCCACCGACGCCAAGAUCCAAGAGACGCUGCGGGAGCUCCACGACAGCACAAUCAUCACAAUCGCCCACCGUCUCCAGACAAUCAUUGACUACGACAAAGUCCUAGUCCUCGAUCACGGCCGCGUCAUCGAAUUUGACCAUCCCUGGAUCCUGAUCAACAAAGAAGACGGUCUGUUCCGCAGCAUGUGCGACAACAGCGGCAAUAUGGAUGUUCUCCUUGAUGGAGCCAAGCGUGCAUUCGCCGCCAAGCGUCUUGUCGACGACUCCUAA